CAGGGUGAACGUACUUACACCCUCCUGCUUACACCCUCCCACAACAACUCGCAGAGGAUUUUUUUUUUAAAGGUUAUAUCCUUCCAAUCAGACAGAUAAUUCGCGUUUACUAAUCAGUGGGAUGCGAUGGCUGGACAAUACUCUCGAUCGUGCAGCUCGGAGUCUGCGGCUCAGAUGUUAUCCCCCGACCCCCGGACCCCCGUCAAAUCCAAGCUGAUUCUGGGCGUAGUGACCGGAGGCGUCGCGUUGCUUAUGGUGCAAGUUUGUGCGACUGCCGGAUUGUUUAUAUAUUUCACAAGAGAAAUCUCAAAGAUAAAAAAUCAGACAGCUUCCCAGGAGUUAUGGUGUCUGUCUAAUCCCGACAAACUUCAACAACUAUUCAGGAAGGAAACUGAAGACAUAAACAACCGGAUCGGAGAAGAUCCCUGUUGGAUACUGGCUAACAAAAUUAAAUUACUUGCAAACAAGGUAACAGAAAAAGCGAGCAAGCAGCGUAUCAGUAAAGAUAUAAUAAACAACUUACCUCCAGAGGUUUUCAAGUCUACAGUGCAAUUGGAUGACCAAUCAACAUACCGUCCCUCUGCUCAUCUCACUGUACGAGAUGGCUCGCUACCUGGUUUACCCAACUUUCUGGACACAUCAUGCCGCCACAUUGUGAAAUGGGGUAUUAGAGAUGGGUUAUCUUACAUCCGCAACAUGACAAUCAACCAUGGAAAAUUGCAAGCCAGUCAAAAGGGUCGAUAUUACAUUUAUUCCCAGACUUACUUCAGAUAUCCCCAGAAAGAUGCAUUUGAUCUUGAGGACCAACCUGCCAAACCUAAUGAGCAACCACUUGUACAAUGCAUAUACAAGACGUCUGCAUCCUACCCUUCACCGAUCCUGCUCAUGAAAAGUGUGGGAACAAAAUGUUGGGCAGCGAAUGCAGAGUAUGGUUUGAAUUCCAUCUACCAAGGAGGACUUUUUGAAUUAGAUGCUGAUGAUGAAAUAUUUGUAACCGUCUCUGACAGAAACUUGCUACAUUAUAAUGUGCAAUCUAGCUAUUUUGGAUCCUUUAGACUGGAUGUGUGAGAUAGAAUACAUAGUAAGUAGUUUUAUAAAGAGCUACCUGUUCAAAAUUAAUUAAUUGUAUCAAACAAUUACUAUUCAAUCAGUUUUAUUGGCCCUACUCCUCCUAACCCUUAGUUAGCUUGAGAAUUGCCCAAAAGAUCUUUACUUCAUCAGUUGAGUAAAACAUGUUAAAUGAAUGCUAUGCCUCAGCAGAGAAAGAUGCUUGCUAUCUACAGCAUACACCUGGUAGUUUUCAGUUGUAGCAAUUAGAAAGCUGAAUAUAACCAUAUAACAAUUACAGCACAGAAACAGGCCAUCUCGGCCCUACAAGUCCGUGCCGAACAAAUUUUUUCCCCCUUAGUCCCACCUGCCUGCACUCAUACCAUAACCCUCCAUUCCCUUCUCAUCCAUAUGCCUAUCCAAUUUAUUUUUAAAUGAUACCAACGAACCUGCCUCCACCACUUCCACUGGAAGCUCAUUCCACACUGCUACCACUCUCUGAGUAAAGAAGUUCACUCUCAUAUUACCCCUAAACUUCUGUCCCAUAAUUCUCAAGUCAUGUCCUCUUGUUUGAUACCCUCCCCCACUUUUGUGGAAACGCCAAGACUCCUGAUAUGCAUCUAAACUUCCACUCUCAAAAAACAGGCGUAUUUGGUAUGGUAAAUUGGGAUAAUUCCCACUGCAAAUGAGCCAGAGGCAUUAUCAGUGGAUAGUAGGGAAAAAGGGGGAACUCACCAUUCAGAAUAGAACAUGGGGCAACAGUCCUUGGGGUUGAUGUGGUUGGACAGUAACGCAGUGGGUAGAGCUGCUGCCUCACAGUGCCAGAGACCCGGGAUUGAUACUAACCUUGGGUGCUCCACUGUCUGGAGUUUACAUGGUCUCCGUGACUUUGGGUUUCCCCCCACACCCCAAAGACAAGCAGGUUAAUUGGUCACUGGAAAUUGCCCCUAGUGCGUAGGGAACGGAUGUGAAUGUGGGAUGACAUUGAGCUAAUGUGAACCUUUGAUCGAUGGUUGGCAUGGACUCAGUGGGCCGAAGGGCUAGUUUCCAUGCUGUAUCUCUAAACUCCUCUGAAGGUUAAAAACACAUGCUUCAAAACAUAGUUGCAACUGCUGGAAAGUGAUAAGGAUAUGGCUAAAAAUAAGAUAAUUGCACUGUUAAAUAUUUUUGACAUAAAUAUGCCAAAUUGCAGAAACUGUUGAGAUGGCAACAGGAAGCUUUCCCUUCCAAACAUUUGUACAUAUGUAUGCUGCUAUAAAAUAAAUCUCAUUUACUGUG